AUGACCACUUCCACUUCUUCUUCGUUGCUUCCGAGGCUUGGCUUCCGGUUGAGACGCAUUUCACGCCUCCCCAUGUUCAUCGAUAUGUACGAGGUGGCUACUUUCCAGUCAAUCUGCGAAAAACUCUGGGCGAUACACAGCCAGCCACCGUUUGACACUGGAUUACCAAGACCGAUUCUCAUUGGUCAAAUGCGUAAUAUGAUGAGCGACGAUUUACCGGAAAGAUGGAAAGGGGUCUUGGAUACGAGGAAAGGUUGUUCAAGCGACGACGAACCCGGGCGAAGUUUACAAACAUGGCUGGAGAACAUUAACACACUUCGAUAG